AUGCCACCAAUUUCUGCAUCUAAAGCUAAGAGAGAAGCCAAAAAAGCUGAAAGAGAGGCUAAGAAAGCUGCUGCUGGUAAGACUUCUUCUCGUAGAAGUAAGAAGGCUAGCAAGGAUGAACCAGUUGAUGAAGCUGAGGCCACAGCUGCUGAAAUCGAAAAAUUAAAAUUACAACAAGACGAGCAUGGUAUAUCUGAUCGUGUUGUCACCGGUGUCUUGGCUUCGUUAGAAACUUCUCGUGAUAUCAAAUUGACUUCUGUCUCUUUGUUAUUCCAUGGUAAAGUUCUAAUUCAAGACUCUACUUUAGAAUUAAACUAUGGUAGACGUUACGGUCUUUUAGGUGAAAAUGGUUGUGGUAAGUCUACUUUCUUGAAAGCUAUUGCAGCUAGAGAAUAUCCAAUCCCAGAAAACAUCGAUAUUUAUCUUCUAGAUGAACCAGCUGCACCAACCGAAUAUUCUGCAUUGGAAUAUGUUGUUAGAGAAGCUCAAGCUGAAUUGAAAAGAUUAGAAGAUUUGGUAGAAAAGAUUAUUGUUGAGGAUGGUCCUGAAUCAGAAUUAUUAGAACCUUUAUACGAAAGAAUCGAUUCUUUAGACCCAGACACUUUCGAAAGCAGAGCUGCUGUUAUCCUUAUCGGUUUAGGUUUCAAUUCUCAAACUAUCCUAAAGAAGACUAAAGAUAUGUCUGGUGGUUGGAAAAUGCGUGUAGCUUUGGCCAAAGCAUUAUUUGUUAAACCAACUCUUUUAUUAUUGGAUGAUCCAACUGCCCACUUAGACUUAGAAGCUUGUGUUUGGUUAGAAGAAUAUUUGAAGAGAUUCGAUAGAACUUUGGUCCUUGUUUCUCAUUCUCAAGAUUUCUUAAAUGGUGUUUGUACUAAUAUGAUCGAUAUGAGACAACAACAUUUGACAGCUUAUGGUGGUAACUAUGAUUCUUAUGUAAAGACUAGAACUGAAUUGGAGACUAACCAAAUGAAACAAUACAAUAAACAACAAGAAGAAAUCGCACAUAUCAAGAAAUUUAUUGCUUCUGCUGGUACUUAUGCCAACUUGGUCAAACAAGCUAAAUCCAGACAAAAGAUUUUAGAUAAGAUGGAAGCUGAUGGUUUAAUUCAACCAGUCGUCCCAGAUAAGGUCUUUUCUUUCAGAUUUCCGCCUGUUGAAAGAUUGCCUCCACCAGUUUUAGCAUUCGAUAACAUUUCUUUCUCCUACGAUGGUAAUCCAGAACAUAAUUUAUAUGAAAAUUUGGAUUUCGGUGUUGAUAUGGAUUCAAGAAUCGCACUUGUUGGUCCAAAUGGUGUUGGUAAAUCUACUUUGUUGAAAAUUAUGACUGGUGAAUUAACUGCUCAAUCUGGUCGUGUGUCCAGACAUACUCAUGUUAAAUUAGGUGUCUAUUCACAACAUUCUCAAGAUCAAUUAGACUUGACUAAGUCUGCUUUGGAAUUCGUUCGUGAUAAAUACUCCGAUAUAUCACAAGAUUUUCAAUAUUGGAGAGGUCAGUUGGGUCGUUAUGGUUUAACUGGUGAAGCUCAAACUGUUCAAAUGGGAACAUUAUCUGAAGGUCAACGUUCUCGUGUUGUUUUUGCCCUGCUAGCCUUAGAACAACCCAAUGUCUUGUUGUUGGACGAACCUACUAACGGUUUAGAUAUCCCAACUAUUGAUUCCUUAGCUGAAGCUAUUAAUGAAUUCAACGGUGGUGUAGUUGUUGUCUCACACGAUUUCAGAUUAUUGGAUAAGAUUGCUAAAGAUAUUUUUGUUGUUGAAAACAAGACUGCUACUAGAUGGGAUGGUACUAUUUUAGAAUACAAGAGCAAGUUAGCAAAGAAUGUUGUGUUGUAA